AUGGCUCGCCAGGCUGUCGCAAAGCCGGCUCCCGCCCCGAUGCGGGCGGAAACACCGCCCAUCGAGAAGGGCGGCAACAAGAUUGCACAGAAGCCCAAGUCCAAAUCCAAGUCCAAAUCACAGACCGACUAUACAUCCGAGGGCGUCGAGGAUAACGAUGUGUUUCUGCUUCCCGUCUCCGACUACCAGUGGAUGUUUGCCAUCACUGUGUUGGCCGCCGCUGUGCGCCUGUUCCGGAUAUACCAACCUACAAGUGUCGUCUUUGACGAGGUCCACUUCGGUGGUUUCGCUUCCAAGUACAUCAAGGGCCGCUUCUUCAUGGAUGUUCACCCGCCUUUGGCCAAGCUCCUGAUCACGUUGGCCGGCUGGUUGGCUGGUUUUGAUGGCAACUUUGACUUCAAGGAGAUUGGAAAGGACUACCUUGAACCCAAGGUCCCAUACGUCGCGAUGCGCAUGUUCCCCGCCAUCUGCGGUAUUCUACUGGCCCCCACCAUGUUUCUCACACUAAAGGCCCUUGGCUGCCGGACUAUAAUCGCUUCGAUGGGUGCAUGCCUUAUCAUCUUCGAGAAUGGUCUGCUCACUCAGGCUCGCUUGAUCCUGCUCGACUCGCCCCUCAUGAUCACCACCGCCUUCAGCGUUCUCGCCUUUGUUUCGUUCACGAACCAACACGAGCAGGGUCCCAGCAAGGCUUUCGGUCCUAGCUGGUGGUUCUGGCUGGCAAUGACCGGUCUUGGUCUGGGAGCCAACUUUAGCGUCAAGUGGGUUGGUCUGUUUACCAUCGCCUGGGUUGGAGCCUUGACUCUGGUUCAGCUCUGGGUUCUUCUCGGCGACACGAAGAACGUCACUAUGCAAACCUUCACCAAACAUUUCUUGGCUCGCGCUGUCUGUCUCAUCAUGAUCCCAGCGGGUGUCUACAUGGGCAUGUUCGCCAUCCACUUCCUGUGCCUGGUGAACCCCGGCGAGGGGGAUGGUUUCAUGAGCUCCGAGUUCCAGUCUACUCUGAACUCCAAGGGUAUGCAAGAUGUUCCCGCCGACGUUUUGAUGGGCAGCCGUGUCGCUAUCCGUCAUCUCAACACCCAGGGUGGCUACCUCCACUCCCACCCCCUGAUGUACCCCACCGGCAGCAAGCAGCAACAGGUCACCCUGUACCCCCACAAGGACGAGAACAACUUGUGGUUCCUGGAGAACCAGACUCAGCCCGUGGACGCCAACGGUGUGCGCAUCAACGGCACCAACGCCUGGGACAAGGUCACCCCUCUCCCGUACAUCAAGGACGGCGACGUCAUCCGUAUUUAUCACAUUCCUACCCACCGCCGCCUGCAUUCCCACGACGUCCGCCCUCCGGUCACAGAGGCUGAUUGGCAGAACGAGGUGUCGGCCUACGGUUACGAAGGCUUUGACGGUGAUGCCAAUGACUUCUUCCGUGUAGAAAUCGUCAAGAAGAAGUCGGCCAAGGGCGCUGCCCAGGAGCGCCUACGCACUCUGGAGACCAAGUUCAGGCUGGUGCACGUGAUGACUGGGUGUGUCCUCUUCUCCCACAAGGUCAAACUUCCUGACUGGGCUUCGGAGCAGCAGGAGGUCACAUGCGCCCGCGGUGGAACCCUGCCAAACAGCUUGUGGUACAUCGAGUCCAACGAGCAUCCACAGCUUAACGACACCGCCGAGAAGGUCAACUACCGCAACCCUGGCUUCUUUGGCAAGUUUAUCGAGCUUAACACGGUCAUGUGGAAGACCAACGCUGGACUGGUCGAGUCUCACGCCUGGGACUCCCGUCCUGACUCGUGGCCGCUGUUGAAGCGCGGAAUCAACUUUUGGGGCAAGGACCGCCGCCAGAUCUACCUCAUCGGCAACCCCAUUGUUUGGUGGAGCUCGACCCUUGCCGUUGUUAUCUACGCCAUCUUCAAGGGCAUUGCUGUCAUCCGCUGGCAGCGCAACUACAAAGACUACGACAAUGUCGUGUUCAAGCGAUUCGACUACGAGAUAGGAUCCUCGGUCUUGGGAUGGGCCCUGCACUACUUUCCUUUUUACCUGAUGCAGCGUCAACUCUUCCUGCACCACUACUUCCCCGCCCUGUACUUUGCCAUCAUGGCUUGGUGCCAGGUUAUGGACUUUAGCUUGACAAGGUUCCGGGGUUUCGGUAUCCGCGAGAACCCUAUCAUCGUCCGGGCAGUUGCCGUCGGCUUCCUGGCAAUCUCCAUUGUCGCCUUCUUGCUCUUCUCGCCUCUUGCCUAUGGUAAUGCUUGGACCAAGCCCGAGUGCCAGCGCGUCAAACUUCUGAGCGGCUGGGACUUUGACUGCAAUGCAUUCCCUGAUACCUACGAGGCCUACCAGAUCACCACCCCUCAGAACCCGGUCGUUGCGCAGACUCCGCAACAGUCGGUAAACGCCCAGCCGCCGCCCCCGCAGAUGAAGCCCAAGGAGGACGGCGGCGAGAAGCAGGACAACAACCAAGACCAGCAGCAGGCGGUGAUCUCGGGAGCCCCCAACCCGGCUUUGGCAGCCAUCAACAACAACAACGAGGUGCUCCCGGGCGGGCAGCGGGUCCUGUCGCGGGAGGAGCGGGUCGAGUAUCGGGACGACAAGGGCAACCUGCUCAACGAGGAGCAGGUCAAGGCUCUGCAGGGCAAGGUCGAGUUCAAAACGCGCUACGAGACGCGGACGCGCGUCGUCGACGAUCAAGGAAACGAGAUUCUCAACGCCGUGAUUCCUCCCCAGGCCGAAGAGCCCAAGCAGCCGGUGGCGGCGGAGGCUCCCCCCGCGCCAAGAAGCGAUGGGCCCAAGGACCCCGUAAACCCGGCUGGCGUCGCCCCGCCUCACCCUGACGUCGAGGGCGCUGACAAGAGCACCAAGCAGCCCAUGAAGGACGCCGCCGCCGAGAGUCUGGCCAAGGACGAGAAGCUCAGCCAGGACGGGAGCAAGGAGAAGGAGCGGAGCAUGGCCAAGCCCGGCAGCGAGAAUAAUGAGGCUACCGGUGCCAGUUCCGCUGCUGUUCCUGCCUUGUAG